CAGAACUCAGAGACAAAAAAGAACAGAAAAAGUGACUAAAUCUUGAGAAGAUCGAAGAGACUACUAACCAGUGACAAGUGCAACCAACAAACAGAACACAAACAAAAUGAUUUACAACAGAAUAGCCCACCUGCUGGGCCUGGCUCUGAUCUUGAUGCUCACAUGGGCGCCCGCCCAAACCGAAGGCUAUGCCCUGGGACAGUCCAAGUUCGGGCGUAUCGAGAAGUUCCCCUACCAGGUGAUGCUGAUUGGCAAGCAGCUGUGGCGCAAGCGCAUUCUCUGCGGUGGAACUUUGCUGGACAGACGCUGGAUCCUCACCGCCGGACAUUGCACCAUGGGAGUGACCCACUACGAUGUAUAUCUGGGCACCAAGAGUGUGGAGGAUACAGAGCAGCUGGGUGGACUGGUGCUGCGCUCCAACAAGUUCAUUGUCCACGAACGUUUCAAUCCGGAGACGGCGGCCAAUGACAUUGCCUUGGUCAAGCUGCCCAUGGACAUUGCUUUCACCUCGAGGAUUCAGCCUGCUUCGUUGCCCAGCAGAUAUCGCCAAGAUCAGUUCGCUGGGAUGAGUGUGGUGGCCAGCGGCUGGGGUGCCAUGGUGGAGAUGACCAACUCGGACUCGAUGCAGUACACCGAGCUGAAGGUGAUCUCGAAUGCAGAGUGCGCCCAGGAGUACGAUGUGGUCACCGCUGGAGUGAUCUGUGCCAAGGGCCUGAAGGAUGAGACAGUGUGCACGGGUGACUCCGGUGGACCGUUGGUUCUAAAGGAUACCCAGGUGGUGGUCGGCAUUACCAGCUUUGGACCUGCCGAUGGUUGUGAAACUAACAUACCUGGAGGCUUUACCAGGGUCACUCACUACCUGGACUGGAUUGAGAGCAAGAUUGGGGGACGCAGUGCACCGCAGCAGCAGUACCUGAGAACCCAGCAACAUCAUCAGCAGCAACAUCACCAGCAUCCCUACAGUGAUAACAAUCUCAUCUAAGACGUGUGUCCUUGGAGCUCGUCCCCCCCUCUGACUGAAUCCUGAUAGCUUUAUGUUUAAAGAACUUCUCCAAUCUUGUGAUAUAUCCUCAUCUGUACAUUGUUCUUAGCUUUAACUAUUUAAACAUUUAUAUUUAUUUUAGUUUUAAGACCUCAGCGGCGGCCCCAAAAAAAGACUUCAACU